GUCCGGAAAGAGUCACGGCGCGGGAAGUGUGUCUCUGCAUUUAUAAACACAGCUCCCACCCCGUGUCCUGGUAGAAGUGUUUACAUGUCAUUGCCCUCAGGUGUGACGGGGUAUUCUGUUAACGUUUUGACCAUCGUUUUUUCAUAACAAACCUCUAGAAUCAAAAUCCUCAGAAGGUCCAUCUCAUUCCCACAACUGGAACUCAGAAAUGUACAACAACAGCUACUCCCGGGCCACGCUUGGACUGGAGGCGAAAAAAAUCCACAAGGCGAAGGGGAAAAGCUGCGGCUACUACAUGAGGAUCGUCUUCUUCUUCUCGUCUCUGAUCCAAUCCCUCAUCAUCGCCAGUUUAGUGCUCUUCCUGGUGUACGGCCAGCCGGAGAAGACCGCCGAGGAGAAGAGAGUGGAAGAGCUGGAGCUGGCCUUUAACAAGCUCUCCACAGACAACACCAAACUCAGAAAAGACAAAGCUGACCUCACCAGUGCCCUCAAAGAAAAGACUGGAGAGAAGGAUGCAGCGGAUAAAGAAAUAGCAAAGCUGAAAAAUGACUUGAACUUGACAACAAUCAAGAGCAGUAACCUCCAGAAGUCUCUUUCUCUUUGUGAUGCCAGUAAAAUAAAGCUUUCAAGCACUCGAAAUACUCCACUCCCAUGUCCACCAAGCAACAACAAUCAGAAUGGUGAAAUAAAAACUCUAAAUACUCUUCUGGAACAGCAGAAAGUUCUAUAUGGAAUCCUUAAGAGUAACUUCAGCCAAACGGUGGAGUACCUUAAAGCUGACUUGGACAACGCAGUGAAAGAUAAAAAUGAACAUCAUAGUCUGGUGAUACAGCUGAGACAAGAAAACCUGAAUUUGAAAUCCGAGCUUGAUGUUUACACCAAGAAAUGCAAAGAAGACUUUGCAGAGUCCCUCCAAGGCAUCCAGACGGUCACAAGUGCCUUCCUGACCAAAAUCGACAACUUCUUCACCAACUCAGUCACGUUUCACCUCACCUGCUCGAAACAGGAAGAACAGAUGGAAAGGAUUCGCUCCAACUGCUCAAGCCUCUCUCGGCAGGUGGAGGACAAGUUCCAGAGCUACCUGGACAACGUGGGAGCGAAGGUCUCGAGCAUUCAAAAACAGAGCAGCUGGCUGGAAGUACAGAAUGCGGAACUGACUUCAGAACUGGACAAGUGCAAAACGGAUCGGGAAAAAGAGACUGCGGAGAGCAGCAAGAAACUGCAGGACGCCCAACAGAAGUAUGAUAAGCAACUGGAGCAGCUUCUCAAAGAGCAAAGCAGACUGAGGGACGCCAAAGAACUAGUAGAAGCCAAGCUUGCAGUGAAGGAUGCCACACUUAUAUCAUUGCAAAAUGGCUGCGUACAACAGCCCAAACCUGCUGGUCUUCAACCCCCUGGCAUAGCCGGCCCUUAUCCCCCCGCACCUGGUAGGGACCAUUAACCGCUAAAGGCUGGGUGUGGAGAAGGGAAUGAUCUGAAUCUCAAGGCCGGACUCCAAGUUUUUAAAUGUGUCUUGUGUGCGGGAGUUUCCUGAUUUUGAGCCUGUGAUCUCUUUAGUAAAUAGUGUCGUCACUUUGGAUCUCUGUAAAUGUACAUGCACUCUAAUGUUUAGUUCAUUUGUAUAGUUGUGUUUAAGCAUCAUGGGCUGUGAACUUGCAUGACAUGAUGUACUUCUGAGGUCUGAUUCAGUUAUUUAGAGU